CAGGUGUCUCUGUCUUCUUUUCGGAGAGUCAAUUCAGUCCGGGACAGAGUAAAAAGAUUUACAGAAGAGCCCCCUAGUGCACAGUGUCUGCUGGGUACCAGAUUCUCAAGCAUGCGGGGGGAGAGAGUCCCAGGCAGAGGUGGACGUCUGCAGCAGCAGGCGGCUUUGUUUUCCACAGGGCAAUUAAAUAACAGAGGUAGUAUACAGAAUCCAGCCCAGGAUGAGAGCGCGGCUGGUAAAUCUGGACUUACUCGAAUGGUUUCAGGGCCUAGUAACCAGAGAGUAGAUCGCAGUGUAGGAGAUGCAACAAACAAUCCUAAUAAAACACAAACUUUUAAAAGCCCUUUCAUACCUGAACUGAAGAACUCCAGAAGCACAUCCAUAAAAGGAUCCCCAGCACACAGCUCUGCAGGACUCUGCACAUCCUCCGGAGAAGAGAGCAGAAGACUUCCACAAAGACAGGGCUCCUGCAUCUCUAAGGAGGAAAGUGGGAGGAGCCACACAAACCAAUUGCAGGGCCCCCAGCCAACUACAGCAGGGGGCAGGCAGGUUGAAAACACAGAUGGGUGCAUUACAGUAUCAGAGGAGCAAGGCAGUGUGCACCCUUCCACUACACCUCUCAGCACCUCAGUCCCACAGGGAGAGACACAAGACCAAGACAUGAAGACCCUUCUUACCAUAGAGAUAAAGAAUGGGAGAAACCAGACGACCAGUACCCGUAUUGUUGGGCAGCCUGGCAGCCAGCGAUCAGAGUUGACACUAGGACUGACUGCUUCACCUUUUAGAAUUGGCAGUGGGGUCAGCACCAGCAGUGGGGUCAGCACCAGCAGUGGAAUCAGCACCAGCAGUGGAAUCAGCACCAGCAGUGGAAUCAGCACCAGCAGUGGAAUCAGCACAAACCGAAGCAUCAUCACAGGCAGCAGCAUCAGCACACGUAGUAAUAUCAGCAAG